GAUCGCCGGUCCGCUGUGUCCCUCGGACACAGCGGAUCACGGAAACAGCCGAAGAUGUCGGCUCGGUCAUGUGAUCAGCUGUGUCCAAUCACAGCUGCUCACAUGGCACUGAUGAUCAGUGUGGCCCCAGAAGUGCCACCUGUCAGUGCUCAUCAGUGCCACAUCAAUGCCACAUACCAGUGCAUAUCAAUGCCACAUAUCAGUGCCCAUCUGAGCUGCCUUUCAAUGUCACCCAUCAGUGCCACCUAUCAAUGCCAAUCAGUGCCACCUAUCAGUGCUGCCAAUCAGUGCCGCCUAAUAGUGCCAGUCAGUGCCGCGUAUCAGUGCUGUCUUUCAGUGCCCAUCAGUGAUGCCUGUCAAUGCCCAUCAGUG